GGAGGAGAGAGUCUAAAUAUAUAAAAAGCUGCUGCUCUCUUUCAGCUGAGUUCAGAAACUCAACACUGAAGUUUCGUCACAUUAAAGUUUGUUUCCUGUCGACCUGCCGAACAACAACAUGUUCCAACGGUGUGUUGUGUUGAUGCUCGUUGUUCUUGCUGGUAUUUCUCUCGCAGCUCCAGUCUCAGAGGGACCAACAGAUGACGAGAGAAGCGUUGCGCUGCUAGCUCACCUGAACGAAGGAACUACAGGUGAACUUGUGACCUCACAGCCAGGUGCUGCUGACAGCACAGGCUCUGAUGAACAAACUGAAGCUCCCUCAGAAUCAGAUGAGACGACUGAAUCACCAGGUGCUGCUGACAGCAAAGACUCUGAUGAACAGACUCAAGGUGGAAACAGUCAGCAGAGCUCUACUGAAUCUGAAUCUGAAGCUGCUGACAGCCGCGACUCUGUUGAAGCAUCUGAAGCUCCUUCAGAUUCAGAUGAGACAACUGAAGCAGAAGACACUGAGGACGAUGCAGCUGAUGUAGAAAGUGACAACAACAGUGACAACGACUCAAUUGAGAACUUGGAAACUGACUCUGAGACUGAGGCUAAGACUGAGGCUAAGACUGAGACUAAGACUGAGGCUAAGACUGAGGCUAAGACUGAGACUGAGGCUGACUCUGCGGCUGAGGCUGACUCUGAGACUGAGGCUGACUCUGCGGCGGAGAUUGACUCUGAGACUGAGGCUGAGGCUGACUCUGAGACUGAGACUGAUUCUCAGGCUGUGACUGACUCUGAGACUAAGACUGAGACUGACUCUGAGGCUGAGUCUGACUCUGAGGCUGAGUCUGAGGCUGAGACUGAGACUGAUUCUCAGGCUGAGACUGACUCUGAGACUGAGACUGAUUCUCAGGCUGAGACUGACUCUGAGACUGAGACUGACUCUGAGGUUACCACAGCAGACAAAGAUGACGACAGCAUGGAGGAGGACAUAGAGGAGGGGGGGGAGGCAGGGAGUGAGGAGCCAGCAGGGGAGGAGAUGGUGAGGGAGGUGCGAGAUGACAUAAGAGAAACAGAAAUGUCAGAGGAGGUGGAACCAGCAGAGGGAGAGCAGGAGGUAAUCUCAGAGGAGGACAAGAGUGAAGGGAACGACGACAGCAUGCUCGAGGACAAAGAUGAGGACGCUGAACCCCAGAGUGACGAAGACAGUGACAUGAGUCAGACUGACAGUGACGUUGAAGCUGAGCCUGAAAAUCAGGACAGUAGUGACAUGCUGGACUCUGAGGUCACUGAGGAGAACGAGGAGGUGAACCAGGACGACUCUGCAAAGUCAGAUACAGAGGAACCUGAGGAGCAGAGUCCGGAAUCUCCAGACUCCACUGAAGCCACACCUGCUGACCAACCGGACCAACCGGACCAACCUGAUGACUCCACCCCCGCCACCACAGAGGCCAUGAAUUAGAUGCUCGGCCUCUGAACUGUGGAAGCUCAGCGACUCCAGAGCCAACCCCACAGUGGAAUACUGUUGCCAUGACAACAACAAAGACAACAACAACAACAAGCUAAACUGUAACUAAACUUCAAAACUUUGUUUUUGAUCCUCAGCUUGUUACUUAUUCGUUGUCUCCAUUUUCUUCUGGCUGCUUUAGUUUUCCACCAAUCGACUGUCUGUGUCUCUUUAAUGUGUCUCACUCUCUGCCUGUCUGUCUGCCUUCAGUCUAAUGCUGCUGAUCUGAGAUCUGCUCUGUGUGUUAAAGUGUUCAUACAGUCAUCGUUUACUUUGCAAACAUUAAUGACUUGUUAAAGUAACGAUAGAGUCAAAUGAUUGUCUGUCCACAGAGGAACUGCUAAUAAAGUUUUGAACUGUCAGAAACUUCUCUCACUG